CUUUCCCAACUUGUUGAGUGACUCGGAGUCAUCGGCCAGCAGCAGAUGCCCAGGCUUCAGAGGUACCUUCGUAGAUGGCAACUUUAUAGGCCUUGGACAAAAUAUUUUCCUGUUUUCUCCUUCUCUAAAUUACAGACUCGGGUGCAUGCUGCUUUCAACCUCACUGAGGCUUUCUGCCUCACUGGAUGACUGAGGGGCAGGCUGUUGUCUCUGGACUUGCAAGAAAGGCAUCAAGAACCUCCAGGGAUGGGUGAUGCCGUGAUAAAUUGCACAAGAUGGCACUUGCCUGCCCAGUCUUGAGCUGUUGUAUGAGGAUGGUGAAGCGAGCCACUUCCAUCUUGGAGGCAGGGACCUAGGAGUGGCCAGGCCUCGUGAUGGGCAGAGCAGGUAGGACAAAGGUGUGGCUAAAAUGAAGACUCCAGAGGAGGGAAGAGACUGGGCCCUCAAUGAUUUGACCCCAAGAAGCUCACUGGACCUGGAACAGUACACUUCCUAUUUCUUCUUGGACUUAAUUUCUUCUUUGAAAUAGGGGAAAGAUGGAGUCGCUGAAAGACAAGACCCUGCAGGAGCUGGAGGAGAUGCAGAAUGACCCGGAGGCGAUUAACCGGCUGGCCCUGGAGUCGCCCGAGGUCCAGGACCUGCAGCUGGAACGGGAGAUGGCGCUGGCCACCAAUCGGAGCCUGGCGGAGAGAAAUCUGGAGUUCCAGGGUCCCCUGGAGAUCAGCCGCUCGAACCUCUCAGACAAAUACCAGGAGCUCCGGAAGCUUGUGGAGCGGUGCCAGGAGCAGAAGGCAAAGCUGGAGAAAUUUUCGUCAGCACUGCAGCCAGGGACCUUGUUAGACCUUCUGCAAAUCGAAGGCAUGAAGAUUGAAGAAGAGUCAGAGGCCAUGGCCGAGAAGUUCCUGGAGGGCGAGGUGCCCUUGGAGACGUUUCUGGAGAAUUUCUCCUCCAUGCGGAUGCUGUCCCACCUGCGCCGGGUUCGUGUUGAGAAACUCCAGGAUGUGGUGAGGAAGCCCAGAGCUUCCCAGGAACUGGCCGGUGACGCUCCUCCACCCCGCCCGCCACCGCCGCCUCGCCCAGUGUCCCAGGCGACACCCUCUGUAGCUGAAGAGCAGCCGCCACCACCGUCAGGCGUGCCUCCGUACCCUUUGCCCUACAGCCCGUCUCCUAGCAUGCCUGUGGGCCCCACUGCCCACGGAGCCCUGCAGCCGGCCCCUUUCCCUGUGGUGUCACAGCCCUCCUUCUACAGCGGGCCUGUGGGCCCCGGUCACUCGUCAGCCCAGCCGGGAUCCCAGGCUGCUGCAGGCUACUCCUGGUCCCCACAGAGGAGCACGCCGCCUCGGCCAGGCUAUCCCGUAGCCCCAACUGGUGCCUCUGGCCCUGGCUACCCCGUGGCGGGAGGCCGGGCCCCCAGUCCUGGUUAUCCUCAGCAGUCCCCCUAUCUUCCAACAGGAGGAAAACCUCCCUACCCAACGCAGCCCCAGCUCCCAGGCUUCCCAGGACAGCCCCAGCCCUCAUUUCCCCCUCAACCUCCUUAUCCCCCUGGGCCCGCCCCUCCCUAUGGGUUUCCACCACCUCAGGGGCCUGUGUGGCCUGGAUACUAGAUGUCGUCCUGGCCCUCGGCAACCCCUCUCCCUGCACCACAACCUUCAGCCUGCCCUUCGCUGAGAUUCGAGGUGGAACGAGAAGUGGAAUUGGUGCCCAUGUGGACUUGAAUGGAGGCCUUGGAGGGGCCUGGCUGGGAGCUGCAGGCCCCAGGAGGCCCUGGGCAGAGGGACUGGGUUGGCUGCGGCAGAUGGUCGCAGGACUUGCUGGCCUUGUGGCCACAGGUCCCCCAGGAGCUCCUUUCAGUGACUGGCUUUGGCUUUUCUGGUCUAGCCAGACUGGAGGUCUGGGACCUCUUGUGGGUGUGUGUGAGCCAGUGUGUACACAUGCUUGUGAACGUCUGCUUGUGCCCGCACUCAGGAUGUCUUAUCCUAGUGCAGUUACCUCGACGACGAGGUCCCUACCCCUGCUCAACCUCUCUGCCCUGGCAUUUGGCGCAUUUGAGAUAAUGCCUCGUGCCAGGGGCUGCUGUUCUGUAUGUCUGUCCAUUCCAUUCACAGGUUCUGCCCCAUGCACCAGGGCUAGAUUGGAUUGGUGGGGGAGAUGGAGAUUUUUAAUCCUACGAAGCCAUAAUUUAAUUCCCACAGGCUGGUGUUGGACAAGCUUUUCAUGAGCUGGUUUGAAUGACAGUGGCGCCAGGAGAGUGAGGAGGAUGGGAGUCAUGUAAGGCGACCCCAGACCUCGCUCAGGCUGGUUGGGAAGUCCAGGGGGCUGCCUGGGCCCUCGGCUGGAGGGAAGGGACAGCUCCAGCCCCGGAGAUUGUGGUCACAUUGGAAUUCGUUUAGGAGUGGAGGACAGGGUCACCUCCACAGCCAGCCUUCUGGGGGCCCUGUACUUAUGGUUGGCUUUCUCCAAGGCUCGCUCAUCUGUCCACCCCUUCAGUGCCUUGAAUCUCAUUUGCAAACAGCCCUCUCCCUCUUCACCCCUCCUCCAGCCCCCUAGGUGUAAUUCUCCCUCGUCUGCUUUAGACAGACAUCUAAAGAUGCCCUAAUGGUAAGUUCCCAAAUGGUGCUUUCUGAAACGCACCUCUUGUCUUCAGAACGUAAAGAGCAGAGAUUGAGACUCAGUUCCAUGGGCCCGGCACGUUGUGGGGCUAUACGCAUGUCCAUUAAUAAAAA